AACAACGCAUGCGCGAAUUCAAGGUGAAUCUAGCAGGGAUGAACCUGUGCGAUACAGAUAGUAUUCCAACGUCUUUUUGUUUGUGUGGUGUUUAUUAGCACUGCAAAUGGCUGCAAAGUAACACUUUGAACUUUAAAUCGUAAGAAACAUAAGUGGGCACUGCAGGAAUACAGGCGCACCAGGAUGGCCAGCGUGCUGUGCAGCAGAUCCAGGCUGGUCAGCUACCUCCCAGGGCUUCACGUGUUGGUGCAUCGUGUGGCUGGAGCCAGAGCCUUCUCUGCUGCUGGAUCAUCGGGCUCUGAUGAGCCCCGCAUAGCCAUCACUCCCUCUGACAUGGUUUGGCCCGAUGAGAGCAUGGGCCCUUUUGGACCCCAGGACCAGCGCUUCCAGCUGCCCGGUAAUGUGGGAUUUGACUGCCACCUGGAGGGAUUAGCGGAGAAGAAGAAGGGCCAGGCACUAAAGAUGGUCCCUGACGUGCUGUCGUCCCCGUCCAGCAGUGAGCGACACGAGUUCAUUCUGGCCCAGGUCAUCGGAGAGUUCUUUGAAAAAGAUGACCUAGCCUCGUCUCAGAAUGUCAAUAAGGCUGAACAGUACUUUGACAGCUCCAGACUGGAGUGUGCCAUACAGUCCUGCCCUGAACUUCUAAAGAAAGAUUUCCAGUCCAUGUUUCCUGAGGCACCAUCCACUGGUAUGAUGGUGGUGACAGUGACCCAAAAGACCCAGAACGAUAUGACGUCAUGGUGUGCUGAGGUGGAACAAGAGAGGGAGCAGAUGCUUGACAAGUUUAUUGAUGGAGCGAAGGAGAUCUGCUACGCUUUGCAGAGGGAGGGCUUCUGGGCUGACUUCAUCGACCCAUCCUCAGGCCUGGCGUUCUUUGGCUCAUACACCAACAACACACUGUUUGAGACGGAUGACCGGUACCGUCACCUGGGCUUUCAGAUCGAGGACCUGGGCUGCUGCAGAGUGAUCCGACACUCUCUGUGGGGGACCCAUGUUUUUGUGGGGACUAUAUUCACCAGCGCACCGCCCAGCAGCCUCAUUAUGAAGAAGUUGCAGAGCAGCUGAACACACGCUCGGGGACACUGGGUUGCCAUUAAAACUGUAAAUCUGUAACACAAUUAUUUAAGAAUAUCAUAAACUGACUUCUUUGUGUUUUACCUUGCAAGAUGUAUGUAUUGCUUUCUAAUUCUAGAUUACAAUCCCACAGGCUUAAAGCUGCUGUCUUUAUAUUAAAGUGGUUCUUGACUAAACUGCGGGGUUGUGGAACCUUUUGGAUUCAGAACCCUCUCAGGAACCCGGCCCUGUCUCUGUCUCACUGCUUAUCUGAUUGUGUUGCCUGAACUGUCUUCAUGUUACUUUAUGGCAUGAACUCUACUGUAGCUGUGCCCGUGCCCUGACAAUGUAGACUCUACCCUACCAUCUUAAAAUGUACAUUCUUGGAAACUUCAAGAAACUCCUGCUUCCUACUGCUUGAAUGUGUGAAAACAAGACUAGAGGUAAUCAGAAAUAAAUGACAAUAUAUUUUGUAAACAUUGCGUACAGUGCUCGAAAACAAAAUAAACAUACAUAAACACUA